AUGUAUUUUGUUUUCCUGAAGACCAAGAAGUUUCUCUUGCUCUCUAGAUUGCAUACUGUUGUCGUCGGGCGUAGAGUAGGCAUGGAGAACAGAGAAUCCAUCGAAGAAGAUCUUGAUAGUGCGACGGAAGCGUUCGACCAAAGUACGUUGAGCAUAAAACAUCAGACCAAGGGCACCGUGCAAGAUAUUUGGCAACGGCCUACAAGACGACCUCUUCCACCGCCGGACGAUGUGGUGCUGUGUUUUGAGAUCCCACUCGCCCGCAUCCUACCGGCUGCAUCAGGCGAUGGCCAGUCGUUGCCCUCCAGUGCUGGCAAGAAGUACGUGAUAUAUGAGGUGAACAUACGCAAGGAUGGUCCCGGUCCGGAUCCGUACCCGACCAGUGUCGAACGACGCUACACUCACUUCCUAAGGCUGUACGAAGGGUUACGGAAAGACUAUCCGAUCUUGCUACAAACGGUCAGCUUCCCGAAGAAGGUUCUGAUGGGGAAUUUCACCGCCGAACUGAUCGGCGAACGUAGUGCCGCCUUCGAGUGCUUUCUCGACCAUAUCGUAUCCGUGCCUUUGCUGCGUGAUUCGGUUCAUUUUCUCGAGUUUCUGCAAGGGGAUGAGCUGCGUAACGCGUGUCAAUUAUUGGACGAACGGCGUAAUGAGUUGGCCGUACCGCUGUUGGAGAAUUGCUUCCGGUUGUUGAACAAAAUAUUUCUGGACAAAUCCAAGUGUGUGCUGUUGCUGCUGUGCCGGCUGGUGGCAGCCUGUACCACCUCACCGAUACCGCACCCGUCCGCGGAACAGUGGGCCGAGCUGGCCUUGCGACGCUAUGAGCAUGUGUGCGAUACGGAACUGCUGGUGCUUUACAUUCCGCUGCUGCAGACGUGUUUGCAUCUCUGGUGGCAACGUGGGCGCGACCGUAGCCUGUUGGAGGAACGGUUGAACGAAAUGGGCAAAAAGGGUAUUAAGAUAAAGGGCGGACCGACUCUUGCCCAAGCCAUACACGCAUUAGACCCGCGGGCCGAAACGAUAUAA